GUAGGAGUGGGAAUGUGAUAAGUGGAAGUGCGAGCAACUGGAACAAUCCAUGCACUUCCAAAACUCUUCCCCACAGCAUCUCCUCCACUCAAGAUACCCAUCUGCCUAACCCUCUUUCUUUCUCCUUCUAACCCCAUUUUUUUUCUCUUUCUAAUUCUUCCUCGACUUCAACGCUCCUUUCCUCUUCUAAACAUCGAUGAUUUUUGCCUGAAAUUACAAAUUUCUCUCCUUAAUUUUCUCUGUUUCUGCUUCCUAAUGUCUUCUUCUAUCCUUUUUCCUGCUGCUGGAAGCAGGGCUGGGUUCCGGGGCGACACUGUCGGGCUCUUUUUGUCCGGUGGCCGGUGUCCGAUGCCGUCUCAGUUGAAGGGUCAGAGGCUUUUUGUUCGGUCUUCUUUGGACUCAGACGUGUCUGACAUGAGCGUUAAUGCUCCAAAAGGGUUGUUUCCACCAGAACCUGAACACUAUAGGGGACCAAAGCUCAAGGUGGCUAUCAUUGGAGCUGGGCUUGCAGGCAUGUCAACUGCAGUGGAGCUUUUGGAUCAAGGCCACGAGGUAGAUAUAUAUGAGUCAAGGUCUUUCAUUGGUGGAAAAGUGGGCUCUUUUGUUGAUAGACGUGGAAAUCACAUUGAAAUGGGACUGCAUGUGUUCUUUGGUUGCUACAACAAUCUCUUUCGUUUGAUGAAAAAGGUGGGUGCAGAUAAAAAUUUACUUGUGAAGGAUCAUACUCACACGUUCGUAAACAAAGGGGGUCAAAUUGGUGAGCUUGAUUUUCGGUUUCCAGUUGGUGCACCAUUACAUGGAAUUCGUGCAUUUUUGGCUACAAAUCAGCUUGAGACUUAUGAUAAGGCAAGAAAUGCUUUGGCUCUUGCCCUUAGUCCAGUUGUUCGGGCUCUUGUUGAUCCAGAUGGAGCAAUGAGGGACAUACGAAAUUUGGAUAGUAUAAGCUUCUCUGAUUGGUUCCUGUCCAAAGGUGGGACACGCAUGAGCAUCCAGAGAAUGUGGGAUCCUGUUGCUUAUGCCCUCGGGUUUAUUGACUGUGAUAAUAUCAGUGCUCGUUGUAUGCUCACUAUAUUCUCAUUGUUUGCCACUAAGACAGAAGCUUCCCUACUGCGCAUGCUUAAAGGUUCUCCAGAUGUAUACUUGAGUGGCCCCAUCAGACAGUAUAUCACAGAUAAAGGGGGCAGGUUCCAUCUUAGGUGGGGAUGCAGAAAAGUACUUUAUGAUAGAUCUGCAGAUGGAGAAACAUAUGUCACUGGACUUGCAAUGUCUAGGGCUACUAAUAAGAAGAUUGUGAGAGCAGAUGCUUAUGUUGCAGCUUGUGAUGUUCCUGGAAUCAAAAGAUUAGUUCCGGCACAAUGGAGGGACUGGGAAUUUUUUGAUAAUAUUUAUAAACUAGUUGGGGUGCCAGUUGUCACAGUGCAACUUAGAUACAAUGGCUGGGUCACAGAGUUACAGGAUCUAGAACGGUCAAGGCAAUUGAGAAAAGCUGCAGGGUUGGAUAAUCUCCUUUACACCCCAGACGCAGACUUCUCUUGCUUUGCCGAUCUAGCACUUUCAUCUCCAGAAGAUUACUACAUUGAGGGACAAGGUUCAUUGCUCCAAUGUGUGCUUACACCGGGUGAUCCCUACAUGCCUUUACCAAAUGAUGAAAUCAUAAGAAGAGUUGCAAAGCAGGUUUUGGUUUUAUUCCCAUCCUCCCAAGGUUUAGAAGUUACUUGGUCAUCUGUUGUCAAAAUUGGCCAAUCCCUAUAUCGUGAGGGACCUGGUAAAGAUCCAUUUAGACCAGAUCAAAAGACACCGGUUAAGAAUUUCUUCCUUGCUGGCUCAUACACAAAACAGGAUUACAUUGACAGUAUGGAAGGAGCAACCCUGUCAGGCAGGCAAACUUCAGCCUAUAUUUGCGACGCGGGGGAAGAAUUAGCAGCACUGCAGAAAAAGCUUGGUGCCUUGGAUUCUCAAGAGUUCACGAAUGCUGCUAAUACCACAGAUGAGUUGAGUCUUGUCUGACACAUCACACCUUCAUUUCUCAAGCAUGAAAGCAGCCUGCCUUGGGGUGCUGACAGAAGUGGUUGUGACAGCAGUAUGUUUAGGUGAUGUAUGUAAUUUAAUUAAACCAUGUAAAGACUUGACAUUCAGCAAGAGAUCAACACGUUCAUUCUCAUAUAUACACAUCAACCAUUUAUGGUUGAUCUUAGUUGCAGCUUAUCUGCAGACAUGAAGGAAUAAUUAUCAAAAUAUUCAUGAAAAAGUCAAAAUCCCAAAUAAUUUUCACAUUUUUUUCUGAAUUUAUUUUGACCUUUUCAGGGGUUUGUGAGUUAAUAGUCUAGAUGCAUGGAGUUUUCUUAACCAUAAACAAUAAGGAAAUGCUAAUAGGAUCAAAUGUUGACCAAAUCUGAACCUCAAGCCCUCAACUACCUUGCCAAUUUUAGCCAAUUCAUGCAUGUGUAAAUGCAAAAGCCCCCCACCCACCCACACAAGACACACACAAGCACGGAGAGAGAGGGAGAGAGAGAGAGAGAGAGAUGGCAGCACAAAGAAGCCAUGUGUUGCUGCUGUGCUGCCUUGUGAUUCUUCUAGCAACCCAUGAGGUUCAAGGGCUGUUUGAAUGCUUAAAUGGAUGCCCCAGCAGAUGCCAAAAGGAGUUUCAUGAAACUCUCUACGUCUGCGCCAUCUACUGUGGUAUGAAAUGUACUUGUAACAGUGGCGGUGUAUGCGACUAUAUUGGUAUGACGAAUACAGCCCUCGACAGUCAUGAUCAAGAUCAAGAUCUCAAACUUCUUGCUGCGGCAAAGGCAAGAGCAGCAGCACAGCCAUCACCAGUUUCAACCAAGGGGGUACACUAAGUAGUGCAGCCAUGGAUGUUUUGUGGAAGCUGGUAUGGAAACCAGAAAAAGGAGAAAAAAGACAGCCAACCACUUUAUGCUCUUUUGCUUUUGCAGUUCUCUCACAGUGCCCCUCUUCUUCCUUCUCUUCUUUAAGCCGGGGAUGCCUGUAGCUGGCCCUGCUUUUGGUUUCCAUUUUCAUGGGUGUGUCAAGAUAUUGUACUUGGAAAUCUAUAAAAAAA